GUGGUCGUUCGUAGCUCUGCAACCGCCACCACCAGGGUCGGAUACCUACUGUGCUUGCCAAUCCUUAGGAUCGAGCUCCUUCUUGUACACCUUCGACCUCUUGUCUGACUUCAGAACUACGCUAGGUGCGAUGACGAGACCCUCUGAACCAAAAUACUCGUGCGAAUGUCGCGGCGCCUAACACAAUUCACGGGCGUUGUCGUAAUGGCCUCAAGGCAUUGUAAUCUUCCUCUCAUCUACCAUGGCGGCGCAGCCUAGCACCUCAGAUCCGCCUCCCUCGGAGAACGACUCCCUGCCAAAGCAGUCGGAAAGAUUCUGCUCGACUGGCGAGGAUAUUGUCGUAUUCAGGUCCAAAGACCAUAUCCUCCUCAACAUACACCGUGCCAAUCUGCGCGCGGUCACGGAUGGGCCCUUCGCUGUCGACCUCGCCGCUCCGGAGGGCGAUGUUGCAGAUCUUCCUGAAGACGGGGACACGCUCGAGCUCAUGUUUCGACACGUGUACCCCGGUCGUAUACCCUCGCUCGCCCCUCUACCAUUCCAGGAACUGUACACUCUGGCCGAAGCGUCCGAGAAGUAUCGCGUCGGGCCUGCAAUGAAUAUGUGUUACACUCAUCUUGACCUGCUAUACAGGAAACGCCCGCUCAAAGUCCUUGCCUACGCUUUCAGGCAUGGCUACCAUGAGCUCAUGAACAAAUGCGCGCCUUCCACCGUUGGCAGGUCAGUCAAGGACGUGCGUGGUAUAGGACGCCUUUUUUUUGGUGUCCCAUUUAUUGUCCUGUGAGGCCGAGCCUUAUGGUAGACAUAAUACAAUGGGACUUCUUUUCGUUGGUACUCCUGCU